AUGCUUCCAGAACAGGGGCUUCUGAGUGACUGCGGGAACAAUUACUUCCAAAUGAACUCGUGCAUCUUAGCAGGGAACGUUCAGACCACACCCCAGGUCUCUUCUGGUGAUUCUGAAGCCAAACCUCUCAUCUUCACAUUUGUUCCCACUGUCAGAAGACUACCAACCCACUCUCAGUUGACUGGCACCUCUAAAUUUCUUGUUAAAAUUCCUGAGGAACCAAGUGAUAAGAAUCCAGAAACUGUAACUAGGUCUAAUUCCAAUGAAUACUUGACCUUAAAUGCUGAGAGCCAGCAGAAGAGAGACCAAGAAGGACCAUUGCUUCACCCUACAGAAAUCAGUGAAAAGGUUUCACAAGAAAGCAGGAUUCGAGCUAAAGAACCUCAAAGAAUGCAGCAAAGUGACCUCUUCAAAGCUGAGUAUGUCUUUAUUGUGGACUCGGAAGGGGAAGAUGAAGCUCCAACCAGAAAAGGUGAAGAAACUCCCACUCUGGGGAUGAGCAUCCCAGCUCCACGACCCAAGUCUCUCGCCAUCUCCUCCAGUCUGCUCUCUGACAUGGCCCGUCCCAAAACCCAAGGGGUAGACCUCCCAUCCCAGCCAGAAAUUCCUCAUGGCACAGUACCUCAGCAAAAGCCUGUGCAGUUAACUUCUUCUCCCUCCACCUCUGACCAGCAUGCCUGUAAACCGCCUGCUUUCUCCUUUGUUUCUCCAACUAAUCAGCAAACACCACCUGGCCCAGCGACCCCCGCCGGAGCCUCUGUGCUAGAGGAAUUCCACACUAGGAGACUGCAUCUCGGCGGGGCUCUGGUGGAAGAAACUGCUACAUAUUUCCAAACUUCUGCUCACUCUUCGCCCUUCAUCUCAUCCAGGGGCACGUGCCCGUCAGUACAGGCCCCAUAUUCUGCUCAUUUACCAGGUUCUAACUUACCCAGCACACCUGCAGCUGAACAAGCACCUGGGCCGACUCCCGAAGUUCUGAAGAAGACAGCACCUGUAGCCUCAACUGUCCUUAGUCCCAAAGAAAAGGCAAGAAGCUCUCCCACACCAUUGUCCAGUGCUUCUCUGAAGUCCAGUUCUGCGUCCUACAUACCAGUCCGUAUUGUCAUGCAUUCACUCUCUCCAAGCCCCAAACCAUUUUCGACUUCCCUCCACGGUUCCUCUUCGACUAUCUGUAGCCAAAUGUCAUCUAGUGGCAGCCUCUCCAAGUCAGGGGGAAAAUCUGCAGUGCCAUCUCGACUCUCCCUUCUCACUGCCAUCCUCAAAUCAAACCCUUCUCACCAAAGGCCCUCUUCCCCUGCGUCCUGUCCCACCUUCUCUCUCAACUCCCUGGCUUCUUCCACGCUCACACUUGAUCAGAAAGUCAAACAGACCACAUCCUUGCCGAAAAAGUCUCUCUCCAGCUGUUCCCUGAGAGCUAGAACCCCCGAGCAAGGAGAACACCAGAUUCCCGAGCUUCCUCAGCAAUUCAUUCACUUACCCCUUUUCACUAAAUCAGACCCCCUUUCCCAGGUGCCUGCCCUUUCUCCCACACAACAUGCCCGAAGCAGCCUUCUUUCUUUGGAAGUAGAGAAAGCACUGUCACCUAUUUCUUGGAAGAGCAAUCCAGCCCUCUCCUUGCAACCCGGGGCAAGUUCUGCAGGGCUUCCUCCUGUUCCACCAAGCCUUUCUCCUCUUUCUUGCAAGGACAAACAUGAUGAUGAGCUCAGGGGUCCAGAAAGAUCCAAGAACAUUCACACGCAUCCUUCUCCAUCAACCUCCUCUGCACUGUCUUCUGAGUCUCCUACUAACAAAGGAGCUGUGAGCCCCUCUCCAGAGAAACGUUUUUAUCCUUCCCCAGCUCUUUCAAAUCUGCUAAACAGAUCCAAGAGAACGCUCUCUGGCCAGGGGCAGACUCCCUCAUCUACUCCCGCAGUUCCUGACUCAAGUACUAGCUCUGACUCUCUUCGCGGUUUGAGGUCCUCCCAUGUCCCUCCUGCUAAUCCGCCCUCCCAGGCAAUACCCUCAAAUUGUGGUAGCAGUAACUUGCCUUCAAGACUAGGGAAAUCUGAAAGCUUCUGGUCUGACCACAGGUCAUCUCCCAGCUCUCUAAGAACCAACGAGUUGCCUUCUCCUUGUGCACUGGCCAUGCCAACAGACCCUGAAAAUAAGACACCUAAGCAGUACAAGACCAAGUCAAGCUACAAGGCUCUGGCAGCAAUCCCUACAAACAUAUUUCUAUUGGAACAGAAGGCACUGGAUAAACCAUCCCAAACUGAAAGCAUCUCCAAAGACCCACCAUUGGAGUUCUAUUUUCCUGCACAGCUCAGGCAGCAAACUGAAGAGCUCUGUGCUACCAUUGAUAAGGUCUUACAGGAUUCCUUGUCUAUGCAUUCUUCUGAUUCUCCUUCGAGUUCUGACCCAAACAAAAUUCCUACGACUCUUCCCAGAGCAGCUGGUCGGGAAACCAAAUAUGCGAAUCUGUCCUCCCUCUCUUCCUCAGUAUCUGAGAAUCAGCUGACUAAACCUGGAGUAAUUCGCCCAGUACCUAUAAAAUCCAAAAUAUUACUGAAACAAGAAGAAGAGAUCUAUGAGCCCAACCCAUUUAGUAAAUACCUGAAAGAAAGCACAGAGCUCUUUUCUGAACAGGAGGUGACAGUCUCUUGCAAACCUGUUUCUUUGCAUCCUUUGUACCAGACUAAACUCUAUCCUCCUGCUAAGUCCCUGCUGCUCCCACAGACCCUCUCCCACGCUGACCGUCUUGCCCCAGGACCCUUCAGUCAUUUGUCCUCCUUCUCACUGAGUGAUGAACGGGAGAACACACAUGCUCUGUUCAGUCACACCACCCCUAAUAAGAAAUGAAGUUGGAGCAAAAGCUGAUAACUCAGGCUGUACUGAAGAUAUUUGUAAUGCUGGUGCUAAUCAGUGGCUAGAUUUAACCUUUCUUAUUGUCUGCAGUAUUUGAGUUCCCUUUACAACUGCAGUGCAGCAGUGGAACUAAAUAUAAAAAAAAGUUUUCUGCAGGCAUAUAACAUCUCAGUAGUCUACUAAUACCCAGCAUAGGCGAAAUUCACCUACAGUUUUUGCACCACUGUUAGAGCCUUUAAUGCCUUCUAUUAAGCUGACAGCAAUACUAACAUAACGUACUAUAUUUAGCUGCAAAUAAAGAAGAUUCAUGGACAAAUAGAAGAACUGUCAUGAUUAUUUUUCAAUACUCACUUUUAUUUGAU